CUCCCCUCUUCGGAGGGGCUGCCCCCCCCCAAGCCUCGUUCAAGCACAGCUAACAGGGUUAAGAGUUUAUUGAAAUCUGGGUUUUGCCGCUCCCCACCGCAGACGGCAAGAGCUGCAGGCAGGCAGAAAGAAAGAGAUUAAGUCAAGGCUGCGAACAUGUUCCCCCCGUUCCUCUUCCUGCAGGGAGCCUUCCUCUUUGGUGCCGUUAGUUCUGUACCGACUGCAAGGAAGCUUUAUGGAGAGGUCACGUCUCCCAAUUACCCUAAACCGUAUCCAGACAACAACAUCAGCACCUGGGACAUAACGGUGCCGAAGGGUUUCCGGGUGAAGCUGAACUUCUGGCAGUUUGAUUUGGAGCCGUCUGAAGCCUGCCAAUAUGAUUUUGUCAAGAUCACGGCAGACAAAAAAGACCUGGGCCGAUACUGUGGCCAAAUGGACUCCAGCACUGGCAACCACCCCAGGCAGAGGGAAUUCUUGUCCACUGGGAACCGAAUGCAGCUGUUGUUCCACUCAGACUUCUCCAACGAGGAAAAUGGUGUUGUUAUCUUCUACAAGGGAUUCCUUGCGUAUUAUCAAGCUGUGGAUUUGGACGAGUGUGCACAUAGGAAUGAUUUGGAAGAUGGCCCUCGAUGCCAGCACAUCUGCCACAACUAUAUAGGGGGUUACUUCUGCUCCUGCCAGUCUGGCUAUGUCCUCCAGAGCGACGGGCACUCCUGUCAAGUGGAUUGCAGCAACGAAGUCUUCACUGAAGCUUCGGGGUAUCUGUCCAGCCCUGGAUAUCCUCAGCCCUACCCAGCUCAGUUGCAGUGUAACUACAGCAUACGUGUGGAGCCAGGGUUGACCAUCAUUCUCAAGUUCCUGGAGCCCUUUGAAAUUGAUGAUCACCCCCAAGUCCGCUGUCCUUAUGACCUGCUCAAGAUCCAAGCUGGGAGAAAAAAGAUUUGGGAGUUCUGUGGCACAGCUUCUCCAGGGAGCAUUGAAACCAACAGCUCUUCGGUUGACAUCCUUUUCUCCACAGAUGAGUCAGGAUUCAGCCGUGGGUGGAAGAUCCGGUACAUCACAGAAAGAAUCCGUUGUCCACAUCCUGUGCCAAAGGAUGAGUUCACUGUAAUAAAAAACCGACAGCCCCUGUACCGAUUUCAAGACUACUUCAUCGUAAAUUGUAAGGUUGGAUAUAAGCUGAUGGAGGGCAAUGAAGAAUUGACAUCCUUCACUUCAGUUUGUCAGCAUGAUGGGACUUGGCACCGUCCAAUGCCACGGUGUGAAAUUGUGAAUUGCGGUGAACCUAAAAUUCUGACGAAUGGGCACUUUGAUUACGUAUCUCAGGCAAGAAAUAACAACUACCAAUCAGUUGUCAGGUAUCACUGCAAUGAACCCUAUUACCGCAUGGUUGCUGAUAGCAGGGGAGAUGCCUACACCUGCACUCCGGAGGGUUCCUGGAAGGGUGAAGAUGACCGUGAGGAAAUCCCAGUGUGCCUGCCAGUAUGUGGAAGUCCAGACAAUCCCAUCUUAGAAACCCAGCGGAUUAUUGGUGGCAGAAAUGCUCCGCCCGCCAGUUUCCCAUGGCAAGCAAUGACUGUCAUUGGUGGACGUGCUGGCGGGGCCUUGUUGGGUGACCGCUGGAUCCUGACAGCUGCUCACAUUGUGUACCCGAAGGGACGAAGUGACUCCGCGGAGAUUCAGAGCCUUGAACAGAUAGUUGAGAAGACCGAAGUCUUUCUGGGCCACACGGAAGUAACAGAAAUCUACAAGCUGGGCAAUCGGCCCGUCCGCAGGUUGUUUGUCCAUCCAAAUUAUACUCAAAAUGAUGACAGCAACUAUGAUGCGGAUAUUGCACUGAUUGAGUUGCGAGACCCAGUGACCCUUGGCCCUCACAUGCUGCCUAUCUGUCUUCCAGAUCCAGGGAACAGUUCUUACUACCUUCCAGGGUGGAUGGGUUACGCUAGUGGCUUUGGAGUGGAAAAGAAUAUCCUUGCUCACAGGCUGAAGUAUGCACCCCUCCCAGUAGGCGACCGGGCGCACUGUCAGGAGUGGUUGAAAGCAAAGGACAAACAGGGCCUACGCUUCACGCUCAACAUGUUUUGUGCAGGGUCUCCUUGGGAAGCAACAGAUACCUGUCAAGGAGACAGUGGGGGAGCCUUGACUGUGCGGGAUCCAGGGACUCAGCGUUGGGUGGUCACAGGCAUUGUGUCGUGGGGCAUCGGGUGUGGUAAAAGCUAUGGCUUUUACACCAAAGUCAUCAACUAUCUGGACUGGAUCAAGAGCAUAGUUGGGCAGGAUUGGGUCUCAAUGCAAGCCCCAUAGGGACCUCUUAAAGGAACGAUGAACAAAAUGAUGGUUCAAUGAGUGGAAGCGGCAGUUAGUUUUGGAAAGAAAUGGCAUCUUGAAUGUGUUUUUCUUUUCUUGUUCUCAUUAUUGUCAGAGACAAGAUAUCAUUCUGUACUUAAUAAAUAAAUAUGGCCUUAACGUACAGCCCCUUCCUGUUAAACUCUCUCUUGAUCUAGGAAUGCUUUAGCUAGUUGGUAAAGCAGAUACUGUACAGUUUAUCUGAACCCGUAUUUAUGUCAUAGUUGCUAAAAGAGGGUUAGAGGGUGGAAAGGCUGUUGUGUUUUUGUGCUUUUAAUAAGAGAUUUUCCCACAGAAACCAGCACCCGAAGCUUCCAUAGCGUUUAAAAAAAUCUCAUGUUAAUGUCUUCAUAUUGAGAGGUUACUAGAAGCAAAGCAGACAUCGCUAUUCAAAACUUGCUCCUCUUCAUUUUUUCAGAAUAAAUCUAGUUUGCUUGACCUGUUACAUUCAAAUCCCUCAAAAUAAAUUUCCAACAUUUUUCUGCA